AUGGAUCCUGCAGGACUAAAGGCUGUUAUGCUGUAUGGAGUUGUAACGCUUGAUGAAAAGGAUUCCGUUGGAACUUUCGCUAACUCUGGUCCCUUAUUAGAUUUUAAAAAGGAAUUUCCUAAUCUUUUAUUGUGUUAUGAUGUAUGUCUAUGUGAGUACACUGAUCACGGUCAUUGUGGUCUUCUUCGUUCUUUUGAAAAUGAAAAAGAGCCUUUAAUUAACACCUCAGAAUCCGUCAAAAGACUUUGUGAGAUCGCACUUUCUUAUGCCCAAGCUGGUGCACAUAUGUUAUGCCCUUCAGACAUGAUGGACGGAAGAAUAAAACUAAUUAGAGAAAUUUUAAACUCGAAUGGAUUUUCUCACGUUGCGCUCAUGUCGUACACUUAAAAGGCAUCCACCUUAUAUGGCCCUUUUCGUACGGCUGUAGAGUCUACUUUUAUGGGCAAUCGCAAACGUUAUCAGCACCCAAUAGGGAGUAGCCUUACGGCUUUGAAAGCUCUGAAAAGAGACUUAGCGGAGGGCGCUGAUUUUGUAAUUAUAAAACCCAGCCUCUUUUAUGGAGAUCUUAUUAAAACAUUUUCUACUGCUUCUACUGUUCCUGUGGUGGCCUUCGUCGUAUCGGGAGAGUAUAAAAUGAUUUACGACUAUGGGCACGGCACGCAUACUUUUGAAGAGAUUUUACGGGAAUCUCACACUAGUUUACUCCGAGCGGGGGCUUCCGUUAUUAUUACUUAUUUUACCCCCGAAUUGCUAGAAUAUAUUCCCCGCUGGAAUUAAAGAAAUAUGUCUUCAGAACGAAAAGCACGUGCAU